UCCCCGUACAUAUGCGUUAUUUCUAAUUCGAAUGGCGUUCGUCUUUUCGCUCAUUUAUCUCUUUGUUGCGCUUUGCUGUUGCCAUCCGUCAUUCGUGACAACAAAUGACGUGAAAUGCAAAAGACAGACAUCAUGUUCCUGUGAAAUGAGCGACGAUUCAGGUUCUAUCGACCUCCAUCCUCUAGUUUCAGGACAAAGUCAGGAUCAACCAGCUUUCCAACUGCUAUCGAACGGCUACCUCUACACGUACAAUCCUUGCACACCAGUUGACUAUGAAAACGAAGUUAGUACCUGCACAGCAAAUGAUGAUCCAGCGGUCUGUCAGAUUUUUAGUAAUGGUACAGGGAAAGGUGUCCGGUGUGGCUCUCAGGCAGACGUCUCAUUUACUGCAUACAAACAUGAAAUGACUGGUGUACAAGAAGUAAACAUCACAUACCGUGGAGGACAAGGCACAAGAUUCAGUACUGUCACUUUGAAGUGUGACAACAACCAACAUGCAACUUCACAAUUUGAAUUUGAAGGAGAAAAUCCACCUGGACACUACAAUUUUCUCUUGACCAGUUACUAUUCAUGUCCAAGACGAAGUGGCAAAAAACUGGCUAUCAGUGGUGGCUCAAUCUUUCUUAUACUCCUGUUUGUCCUCCUGAUAUCAUAUUUCGUUUUGGGUGUUCUGUUCCAAAAAUACCGCCGAGAUGCAUCAGGAAAAGAAUUGAUACCAAACUACCAGUUCUGGUCAUCUUUGCCUGGUCUUGUAAAGGACGGAUUUCUUUUCUUACUGAACAAGUGUCGUAAAAGAGAAGCCAGCUAUGAAAAUUUGCAGUGACAAAUUUAAGAACAUGAAGAUACUAGUAACUGUUAGCACAAAUUUGUAGAGGACAUCAGUUGCACUUUCUUUCCUUUGGCACGUCUGAGAUACUUUCAAAUUUUGUUUUGAUGUAGCUUUCCUUUCUACAGUGUAAUCGAUUCUUGCUGCAAAUGAUAUUAAGUGUAGUCAUCUUCAUAAUACACGUACAGUAGCUGCAUGCAUACAAACUGUGUAUAAUAGACAAUGAACGUUAG